AUGUCUGUCAAAAUCACGCACGACGACGAAUCUUCUUGCAGUGGAAUAACCUUAACUUCCCGCGAGUCACCCUUACAAGACACCUCGCUGUCAGAGCUUGACUCGGAGUAUGUUCCGUCCGAGACGAGCGAGGACCGACGAUUUGUUAUUGACGACACCGAUAAACUCUCAUAUUACUCCGAUGACGUUUUUGAAGUAGCAGAUCUUCUUGAUAACGAUACACGUAUGAUGGACUGUAUCAUUGAUGAUAGCCCUGAGUCUCUCGAGAGUGGCGAGAAAGUACCUAUUAAAACGGUUGCGAAGCGAACGGUGUAUCGAAACGGACAAGUGCAGACCCAGUAUUUGGUACUUUGGACAUCAUGGGAGGUGGCUGAAGAGUUGCGAGAGUGGAGUUGA